UACAGCAAUCGGGUUUACAAAUGAGCAGUAUCAAAUGUAUCCCUACCCGACGUGACUUGGCUAGCCGAAGUACCUACAACUUGAAGGUGUGACGUCAUGCAUGUGCUUCGGUCCCGGAGCAACGCGACGGGUGCCGCUACAGUGGCUAUUAGCUGCGAAGAAUGAUUUUAUUUUCAUUGGCGGAAUUCACAUCGAUCAGCUACGGGAGAUGUGUUUAAUAACAAUAUUCCGUCGAACGAAGCGUGGCGGUCGCGUCCUCUGCCACAGGGGGUUCCAAUACUACCGAGAGCACCACAACGGCUACGUGGAGAAGUGGCAGUGCGCCGAGCGGCGCAGGAGUGGCUGCAUCGCUCGCGCCUCCACCGUCGACCACACCGUCAUCAAGUUCACCGACAACCACAACCACGGCCUCAUGCCGGAAGCUGAUUUAGAACACUGCGAUAUUUGUACCAACAAAUCGCGGCGGACAAGUACUGAUCCUUGGUGGUUUCAAGUACCACCGGGAGCACCGCCACGGGUGCAAGACUCGCUGGCAGUGCGCGGCGCGUCAGCGGCUCGGCUGUCCGGCGACCGCGGUCACCAUAGGGGAAGAAAUCGUGAAGCUUAGCCACAGUCAUAAUCAUGUGUAAGAUAACAUAACGACACCGGAAACUGUCAAAUGUCGUAAAAAACAAACACCUACUUUUCAGGAGAGUGAAACGUAUAAAAAAUAUUUUUUCUUAAUAAACUACAUAUUUUAUUAAGACAAAUCUUAAAUUAAUAGGAAUUUUUAAAAUAUUUAAAUUACGGAUGUUCUCAUGUUAAUAUAUCGCAUUCAGCGACAUGUUUCGAGUCAUAUGGAGACCCAUCGUCAAGCAUGACAGCUCGCGGCGGCUAGAGUGUGAACUGCUGACGUGUUCGCUAAAAAUAAAUGUAA